CCGGAUUCGCAGAAAAUUCCCACGUUGGAGCAAACGUAUAAAUAAGGCCAGAUGGAGAUGUUUGCGGCAGACCAGCAUCAACGUUGACACCGGAACAUGAUUAAGUUGUGCCUUUUAGUAACUUUGGUGGUAUUUUUGGUCGAAGCGCAGCGCGCGCCCCAGGACGAACCUCCCAGGCCUUACAACUUCCAGUACGACACUAAACUCGGAGGAAACGGCCAAGUAGGGGGAUCUCUCAGCCAGAGCGAAAGUGGCGACGCGGCCGGGCGCAAGGUUGGCAGAUACGAAUUCGAAGUGGAAGAUGGAAGAAAAAGAGUGGUAGAGUACGAGGCUGACGAAAACGGAUUUAGAGCCGUCGUCAAGAGCAACGAACCGGGAUUUUCCGAAGACAACCCCGCAGACGUAGUCCACAACCGUUUCAGAAGGAGAAAGUAAAGCGUCUGACAACUUUCUCUUUUCAGAUACGCCAUUUUGCUUCGCAACUUUCCCAGGUGGCUUAGUCGAUCGAUUUCCAUGGGCUAUAGUUUGUGUACGUGUACAUAAGCGGGUCUCUCGCAACAAAAUUUGUACCGCGGAGGAAAUUUCAUUAUUACUGUACUUUUAUGCCGAAUAAAUAUAAAAUUUAUUGUCAAUGUAUUAUUCUGUAGCGUAAUUUCUCAUUGCCACACUUAAAUAUCAAACUAGUGUGACACGGUGUGCCGAACAGCCCGUCGAACGGGUGCCAUCAACGCUUA